AUGACUGUUUCCGAUUACUACAAGAUUCCCAAACGUGCACUCGACGGAUUUGCGGCUUUAUCUGGCGAUACAACCAGCUCGCUGCUGCUAAAGGCCAGGCAAAACGAGGAAAGACUCAACGCGGACAAUACCAUCCGCAUUACCACCGAAUCCGACGGUAAUUCCAAUGACAGUGCUCAGCAAGUUGGCUACAGCCAAGAGAAAUAG